GAUUCUCUCGAAAACAACUUUUCGUUCGAAAGAACAAUCUCGUGAAGCAAAACCAAACCCCAACCGCGGACGGCACGGCACGGUCUUCGCCGAUCCCGCCAAAGGCAAGCCAAGACAACAGAGACGGCACAACCACUAAUCGACGGGGUUUUGGCACGAGACCGUAAUACUCAAAACAGAGCACAGGAUCAACACAGCUCAACACAGCUCAACGCAGCUCAACACAGCUCAACGCAGCACUACUAGCAGCACUACGCCGUCCGGAACAACAACGGCAACAUGCCGGCAGACCCUUCCGCCCCCACCGAACCCCCGGGCCCCGGGACGAUCCGGGUGAUCUGCGCGGGCCUCGGACGCACCGGGACGCUGAGCCUCUCGGAGGCCCUGUCCACCCUGGGAUACCGGCCGUAUCACUUUAUCGAUUUUUCCCACGCGGAAGAAUGGGCGGGCCUCGCGGAGGGGACCUCCGACGCCGGAAGCCUACUGGACCGGAUCGUGGCCGACGGGUACGACGCGGUCCUCGAAAACCCGUCCUGCGACGUCUUUGACGACCUCCGRAAGCGCUUCCCGGACGCCAGGGUAAUCCUGACGGUCCGGGACUCGGCGGAGGCCUUCGAGGAGAGCUGGAAGGUYCUCAUGGACACCAUGGUGGUGACGGAGCAGCCCUUCUCGUGGGCCUUUCCGUCCUUUUUCGGGUGGAUCCCCCUCUUUCGCCGCCUCCGAGUGAUCCGCCGCUUCAUGGGAACCACCCACCUCGGGCUGGAGGAGGGGGCCCUCGCCCACGGCUGGAGGGACMGGCCUUCCGGGUGGCUCGCGGAGCAGUACGACCGGCACAACCAGCACGUCGUCGACUCGGUUCCGCCGGAGCAGCUGCUGGUCUUUCGCGCGGGGGACGGCUGGGAGCCCCUCUGCUCCUUUCUCGGCACGGGGGUCCCGGGGGGGGCCUUUCCCUUCUGCACCACCAACAACAAAGAAGCCCUCCGGAGGCUGAGAACCACCUUUCUCGCGGCCGUCUACGGGUGGAUCCCGGUCACGGCGCUCGCCGCGGCGGGGGCCGUGGCCCUGGGCCGGCGUGCCUGCGGAGCCCCCCGUGCCGGGAGGUAGGGCCGCACGGGGCCUUGGAUGGAUUCGAUUCGAUUCGAUUCGAUUCGAUCUGAGUUUCGAUUCUCAAGGCAAGCCUGCCGGGAUUGGGACACGCAGUGCCAGUCUGGAUCACAGCCAAAAUUGAUCUGUGAAAGAAGAGCCGCAUCUAGAAAUUCUUUGCUCCAAUACGGAAAGCAGUUGCCUGCUCGACAAAUGGAGACAGCAGUAGUAGUAGUACUAAAUCAAUCUACUCUGGUAUUGUAUCUGAUGAUAGUUGAUGAGCAGAUGUGCUGUGAGAUUUUGAUAGGCUCCCUAGUAUGGUACAAUAAUACAUGGUUUUCAAUAAAUUGUGAGGAUUAUU